AUGGCUCCUGAAAAACUGCGAGCGGCUGAAGCUGAAGGUUUACAUAAAGUGUUCAAACUGCAGACUGUUAUCAAUACAACGUCUAUGGUACUCUUUGAUGCAUUGGGUUGUUUACGACGUUUCAAUACAGUCGAAGACAUAUUCGCAGAUUUUUAUGAAAUCCGAAAGAAGAAGUAUAUCGAGCGAAAAGCAUUCCAAGUUGGAAUGCUACGCGCCCAGAGUGAACGACUUUCCAAUCAGGUU